AUUUUAUAUCAAACAGCGUGAUCGUAUAUAUGUAAUUAUUUCCGGUAAUCUCUUAUGUAUCAACACGAUGUUUCUGGACUCAUUAAUCUUUAUAUAAUUUAUUCUGAUUAAUCUUUAUAUAUAUAUAUAUAUUUAUAUAUUAUAUAUAUAUAUAUAUAUAAAUAUAUAAAUAUAUAAACAAUGUCUGGUCUCAUGGCUUUUCUCGAAGAAAAUAUUCGUUAUGAGUUAUUAGUUUUAAUAUGGGCUUUAUACUUUUGGGAUCUUUAUCUGAAUUUGCGUCAGAGAAAGUUGUUGCAACGAUUGACUGAUAUACCUAACAAUGUAAAAGAUAUUAUGACCAAAGAUGUGUACAAUAAAGCACGUCUUUAUGCUUUGGAUAAAAAUAGUUAUAGUUUAGUUCAAAACUUAUAUUCCCAAUGUUUUAAUACCAUACUUUUAUUGUUCUUUGCAUUUUAUUAUUAUUGGGAAUGGAGCAUUCAGUUAGCAAAAUGUCUUGGUUUAAAUCACGAAAAUGAAAUUAUUGUCAGCGCUGUAUGCGUAUUCAUCAAAGUUAUCAUUUCUGAUGUUAUUGAUUUACCUUUGAAUAUAUAUGAUACAUUUGUAUUGGAAGAGAAACAUGGAUUUAACAAACAGAAACCAUUAUUCUUUAUAAAAGAUCAAUUGCUAAAAUUGAUUGUAUUAGAAGUAAUCGUAGUACCUCUUAUGUCUGGAGUGAUAUGGAUUGUAAUGAAUGGCGGUGAUUUCUUCUUCUUUUAUCUUUGGGCAUUUUCUGUUAUCGUAACAUUAUUUAUGAUGAUUAUAUAUCCAGAAGUAAUAGCACCGCUUUUCGAUAAAUAUACUCCAUUACCAGAAGGAGAUUUAAAGCAAAAGAUCGAAGCACUUGCUGCUUCUCUGAAGUUCCCUUUGUAUAAAUUAUAUCUGGUUGAGGGAUCUAAAAGGUCUUCGCAUAGUAAUGCUUAUAUGUAUGGUUUUUAUAAACACAAAAGAAUUGUUUUAUUUGAUACUCUUGUAAAAGAAUAUUACAAACCAGAUAAGGAUGAUGUUAAGAAAGAUAUUGGUUGUGAGACAAAUGAGGUAUUGGGGGUACUUGCUCAUGAGUUGGCUCAUUGGAAGUUUAAUCAUACUUUAAAAGGAUUCUUUUUAUCACAGAUCAAUUUCGUUAUAACUUUUGUUGCAUUUGCCAAACUAAUGAAUUAUACACCAAUGUACGUUGGAUUUGGUUUUGAGAAUUCACAACCAAUCCUUAUUGGAUUUAUCAUUGUGACCAAAUAUAUUUUAUUCCCACUCAAUACAAUAAUGCAAUUUAUAUCAGUGGUUAUCAUGAGAAGAUUUGAAUUUCAAGCAGAUAAACUUGCUGUAGAAUUGGGAUAUAGUGAACCAUUGAAGAAAGCAUUGAUUAAAUUACAAAAAGAUAAUCUACAAUAUCCUUUAUAUGAUAAAUUGUAUUCUGCUUGGAAUCAUAGUCAUCCACCUAUUCUUGAGCGACUUAGUGCUAUAGAUAAGGAAGAUUGAUAUUAUUAAGAUAAAGUUUAACACAUGAAAAGUAGAAGUGAUCAAUAAUAUGUAUCUUAUACUAUAUAUGAUUAUAAAUGCUACUACAAAUGCUUCCUUUUGAUUAAGAAGUAAAUGGAAAGUAUGUAGUAAAAUAAUUUUCUGUUAAAGAAAA